AUGAAUGAGAUCGCCAGCUCCGGUUUCAAAGUCGUCCGCGUCUGGGGCUUCGGCACCCUCAACAACCCCCCCAGCUACCCCUCAGAGAUCUACUUCCAAACGCUCAACUCUUCAGGCCAAUUCUUCAACCUGGACCCCGCGACCGGCGUGCCGCGCCUUGACUACGUAGUCGCCCAAGCCGAGAAACUGGGCUUGAAGCUCAUCCUGGCCUUACUCAACAACUUCGACGAUCUCGGCGGCAUCAACACGUACACCAACACCUACGGCGGGGACCAUAACGGUUUCUACACUAACACCGCCGCGCAGAACGCCUACAAAGCGUACAUCAAAUUCAUAGUGGAGAGGUACAGGAAAUCUAACGCGGUGUUCUCGUGGGAACUGGCCAAUGAGCCGCGCUGCUCCACCUGCUCGACGGACGUGAUUACCACUUGGGCCACGGACGUGAGCGCGUAUAUUAAGGGCGUGGAUAAGGGGCGGCAUAUGGUUAGUCUGGGGGAUGAGGGGUGGUUGACGCCCGUGUUCACGGGCGGAGGGGGAGUAGUGGGCGGGGAUGGGACGUAUGCGUAUAGUGGGUAUGAGGGGGUGGAUUUUGAGCGGAAUCUGCAGAUUAAGACGCUGGAUUAUGGGACUGUGCAUUUGUAUCCAAACCAAUGGGGCUACAAUUACACCUGGGGCUCGACCUGGAUAUCUCAGCACAACUACCUCGGCAAGAAAUACAACAAGCCCGUCAUCCUUGAGGAGUACGCCGCACCCACGCCAGAAUUGAGGAUGGAAUUCUUGCCGCAAUGGCACGAUACGAUACUGAAGAAGACGAGUAUCGCGGGGAAUAUGGUCUGGCAGUUCGGCACACCGUUCACGGAUACGAGCCCGUUUGAUCAGUAUGCUGUGUAUUAUAGUGAGGAUCCUGCGAGUGAGUAUCAGAGUCUGCUUGUGAAGCAGGCGAAGGCGAUGGCGAGGAAGAUUCCGAUUGCGAUACAGUAG